UGUCCCUGAAACAUGGCAGUCAAAUGGACUGGUGGACAUUCGUCUUCUAUAUUGUGCUUGAACGUAAACUCGGAAGGUCUGGUGGCUUCAGGCGCAGAGAGAGGCGAGCUCACGCUCUGGGAUGGGGGAGGCACCCCAGCAGGACAGCUCCAGCUCCCGGAGGCAGAUGAUGUGACCUCCGUGGUGUUCUCUCCCUGCUGUCCCACCAGGCUGUACACUUCCCACGGAGAAACUAUCAGUUUGCUGGAUGUCCGAUCCCUCAAGGAGCCCGUUGAAUGCUUCCAUGUGAAUGAGGAGGAGAUCAACUGCCUCUCAGUGAACGAGACUGACAAUUUCUUGGCUGCAGCAGAUGACUCAGGGGCAAUAAAAGUUAUGGACUUGGAAAACAAGAAAGUCACCCGGUCCUUGAGACACUCAAACAUCUGUUCCUCUGUUGUCUUUUGACCUCAGAGGCCUCAAAGCCUUGUUUCCUGUGGACUCGACAUGCAGGUGAUUUGCAUACAAGUAGAUGGUUAUUAGAGAAGCGAAACGAUAACUAUUCACCCUUGCAGUGAGGCACCAACAGACUUUCACCAAGAGUGAGAGUGUACUGCCUGCAGUCACCAGAAAGCUCCUUAACUAUUCUAAAGUAGUUUUGGUGGAGAAACUAAGUGUCGAGAUUGUUUGUGCCAUUUUCUGCUCAGGAGUUUCACUCCUUGUUUUUAUCUUCCUUAAUAUUUACAAUCUAAAAGUGAGCAGGGGGUGGGGAAAUCAGAAUAUGGUCCAAAGCUUGCUCAUGCCACAUUAGCUCCCUGUUGGACUGAGCAAAAUCAGAAGCUAGCAAGAACACUUCAGGUAGAUAAAUAUCUUUCCAAGUGGUAUGUAUCAUGUCAGGACAAUUCAUUUUUAUAAUUUAUCCUUUGUUCUGAUUAACCUCUUGGAAGCAUUAAAUAUUCUUUACCUUGUAUGCAUCUCUAUCCUCAUCAAGAGGAAAUGUGUUCUUUGCACACCACUUUGCAUGGAGGUUUGGUUUGGUUUUGGUUUUUUUUUCAGAAGUUCCACAGAAGCAGGAACAAUGCCAUGAGGACAGAAAAUACUUAAUUUGCAGAAAACUUGUUAGCACUUGAUGAAUUCAUAAAGCUGUUGCAGUGCUGUUUGUUACGAAGAUGGGAUUGUUUGCCUUAAGCAUUAGGACCCAGCCUCUCUGCUUUACUGUGCUACACGCAGUCAUUAUGGGAAGUUUUCCCAUUCAUCAGAUCAAAGUAGUUUUAGUGUAGCAGCAACAGCACUCACUAAUCAGAAAAGUGACAGGAACCAACAUACUUUGAAUGUCUUAAGUGUGAUUUGGAUUCCAGAAAUGCAGAGCCAGUGUGGUAACUCUUUUAUGGCCCCAAUUUAAAGACUCCUGUACUUUCUACUGGAGUUUACUAGUGGAGGAAUAUUUUUAUUAAUAACAAAGUUUUGAUGAAAAAAAUCAAACAGUACACCAGUACUGCAGUAGACUGACUUGUGCUUUCGUAUCUGUUGACCUUGAAACUGCUCAUAAUCAAUUCAGAUCUUAGAAAAGCAUUGAGAGAAUUAUUGUUAACUGGCACAGUAUAAAUCCAUAGUAAUUGACAUGCUCUAUGAGACAAAGGAUUCAUUUGAAGGCACAGUUGUUGCUCCAUGAGGGGCUUGGGGGGAGGGGGGUGGCAUUUUAAAAGCAAGUCUAAAAGCACAACCCCCUCCCAUCUCAUCAGGAAAAGAAUGCCCUACCUCAAUAUGGUCAUAGCACAAACCAGAUCUACUCAUUGAAUAGAAAAAAACAACAACCCAAAGAUGUCUGUUUAAAAAUGAGGGCCGGAACUACUGUUUGCAUUUUGCUGUACCAUUUGUCAGGCGCAUUCGCGGAAGUGAUUAUUUUAGGACAAGUACAUGGCAUGGGCGAGACUAAAAUUCAGAAUGAUAAAGAUCUCUAUUAACUGC